GUAAUUGUGAAACCUGCUUUGCAUUCUUGGUAUCUGUUCCUCAAACUGCUUGCUUGAGAACAUACUAGAAUCUGGCACGUUAGAGGGCGCACUCUGAUCAUUAACUCUUCUGCAGCUUGCUUACUUGCAUGCAUCUUUUGAAUGCUCAACAUUUGAUUCUCUGUGGCAUGUCUAAAUUGAUGUCAUUAAAAAGCUUUGUGUUGAAGGUAGUAAGUAUGAAAGUUCAUUCACACUUGCAAGUCACCCCGAUGCUUUAGCCAGCUAAGUGAUAAACAGGCAUGUUUAUCAUUAACCUUAGUUAUCAUUAACCUUAGUUUCAGGUUAAUGAAGCUGGAUACUCUCUGAUUUGAAAUGCUCUUGACAAUGUUACAAUCAGUACUCCAAAACAACUGACUUAUCUUUUCCCCUGAAAUAGCAAGAUGUCAUGGAAACAUCUUCACCUGGCAAGUAAUGUUGACCCAGACAUACUCUUUAAAGUACAGACAACCAGAAUCAAAGUAUCAACAACAUAAAAGGUGCACGGUCCCUUGAGCACAGCACCAUUCAUUACUUUAGGCACGUUUGGUUCUGAAGACUUCAUUCUGCAGUGUCUUGUUUCUUGGUUUACAAAGUCUAAUAUCGACUUCUAAUCCCAUAAGAAUAUGAUGUCUUGGACUAAAAGGUCAUUUUAUGCAGAGAGAGGGAGAAUUGGUUGCAUAGGCAGAUUCCUGGAGCUGUGUUGAUGGCUCCAGCAUUGGAACUUGAGGUCAUAGCUAACUGCUAGGUCACUGUGCAUGCCGAGGGCCUCAGGCUUAAUCCCUGGCAUCUCUAGUUAAAGGAUUUCAGGUAGUACAUAGGCACCACCUCUGCCUGCGACGUUGGAGAGAUGCUGCUAAUUGGAACAAACAGUAGUGAACUAGAUGGGUCAGUGGUCUGACUUGGUAUAAGGCAACCUCUUGUAUCUCAUCUCUUGCCUUGGAAAGUGGCAAUGAAGGAAAUGGGAAGGAAAGCUUACCACUACAAUAAAAUAUCCUAAGUUGUCUCCAGUGUAGUACUAAGUCCAUCAGUGCAAGGAUCUCUGCUUGUGCGAUGGAACAGUCUUCCCCUUUGUGCCACUUAAAUUUAUUCUAGGGGUUCCCCCACCCUCUGGAGCAGAUUUGGUGAGGGUGCAGUGUGGGUGGGUGGAUGGGAUGAAUUAUUGAAUGCCGCCUGUGUAGUUCUUAAACGGAAAGCACAAGGAAGGGAAAUAGUUGCUGCGGUGAUCCAAUGAGUGCCUCAAACCACAUGUAAAUCUAUUUCAGGAUGUUGAAGCAAGUCCCACCUUUGGAGAAUCUAGUCAAUACUAUAAAAUGGCUUGCCUUUGAGAAGGCAGGCAGGAUGACAGAGAGAGAGAACAGCGUUUCUUUUAUCAAAGAACAAGAAAGAUGAAAGAUGCAGACAGCAAGACCAGAGAAUAAAGAAAAGGAGACGGCAAAUUUAAUAGGACAAAAGUGAUUGAGAGACAGAGACAGAGGAAAGAAAGCAAGAGAAUGUCUAUAGUGUUUAGGUCCCUGGUUUGACAUGUACUUACGGGCACGUGAAUCGGUGGUUUUGAACUUCAAUCCGUUUAUGGCUUUCAACCCUGACCCCAAAGCUGAAUAUAACGACCAGCUUGUGAGAGCAACUAACAUGACAGUUUCUGCUCUGCGUUUCUUGAAGACUCUCAGGGCUGGCUUUUUAGAGCCAGAGGUUUUUCAUCUCAACCCAUCCAAAAGCGACACACAAGCUUUCAAAAGGUUCAUUCGGUUUGUGCCUUCCUCUCUCUCGUGGUUUGGUGCCUAUAUGGUGAAUGCCUACCCACUAGACAUGUCCCAGUACUUCAGGCUUUUUAAUUCCACACGGCUGCCUAAGCUCAGCAAGGAUGAGCUGUUUACAGAUGAAAGCAAGCGGCACUUAUUAGUGCUUAGAAAUGGAAACUUCUAUGUGUUUGAUGUUCUAGAUAGAGAUGGGAACAUAGUGGCCCCUUCAGAAAUUCAAGCACACCUAAAGUACAUCAUUUCCGACAGCAGCCCAGUUCCAGCCUUCCCUCUUGCUUGCUUGACUAGCGAAAACAGGGAUACAUGGGCACGGCUGAGACAAGAGCUACUUGAGAAUGGCAAUAAGGAAGCUUUAACAAAGGUGGAUUCCGCAAUCUUCUGCCUGUGCCUUGAUGACUUUCCAAUUAAAGAUCUCAACCACUUGUCCCAUACUAUGCUGCACGGUGAUGGAGUCAACAGGUGGUAUGACAAAUCCUUCAACCUUAUUUUAGCCAAAGAUGGCACCGCAGCUGUUCACUUUGAGCACGCCUGGGGAGAUGGUGUAGCUGUACUCAGAUUCCAAAACGAAGUGUUUAAAGACAGCACCCAGUUGCCUGCGAUUGCUCCAUCAUCUCAGCCUGCUACUGUUGAUUCUGCCGCAGCUGUACAGAAGCUGAGCUUUAAAUUGAACAAUGCCUUAAAAGAAGGAAUUACUAAGGCCAAACAGAAUUUUGACGCCACUGUGAAAACGCUGACUCUGGAGGCCAUUCAGUUUGAAAAAGGAGGCAAGGAGUUCCUAAAGAAGCAGAAGCUGAGUCCUGAUGCUAUAACGCAACUUGCCUUCCAGGUGGCUUUUCUACGGCAAUAUGGCCAAACUGUUGCCACCUAUGAAUCUUGCAGCACAGCAGCAUUCAAACACGGUCGCACUGAAACCAUCCGUCCUGCCUCAGUUCAUACAAAAAAGUGUUCAGAGGCUUUAGUCAGGAAUCUGCCCAAGCACAGUGCCGCAGAACUGCAGCAGAUGAUUGCGGAGUGCUCCAAGUUCCACAACCAGCUCACAAAAGAAGCUGCUAUGGGUCAGGGAUUUGAUCGACACUUGUACGGCUUGCGGCAUCUGGCAGAAUCCAGAGGUAUCCCUGUGCCAGACUUUUACCAGGACCAAGCUUAUGCCCAGAUUAAUCAUAACAUUCUCUCCACAAGCACUCUGAGCAGUCCUGCUGUGAAUAUGGGUGGAUUUGCACCAGUGGUGCAUGAUGGUUUUGGUGUCGGAUAUGGAGUUCAUGACAACUGGAUUGGAUGUAAUGUUUCUGCCUACCCGGCUAGGAACGUGCAAGAAUUCCUUCAGUGUGUAUACAAGUCACUAGAGGAUAUUUUCAAUGUUUUGGAAGGUAAACUUGGUAGCAAGUAAGACACAACAGGGCUAGUCUUCUGAAAUGAAUCUUCAGCCUAGAAUUUUUGUACAGCACCUACUGCUUUGUAAUUCCUUGGGGGGGGCGGGUGCAGCUUUCCAGGGGAGAAAAUCAUGAAUUUGAUUCUGCAUGCACAGCUCAUUCUAAUAAUAACGUUUAGAAAAUAAUUCUGC